UGAAGUCGCAAGACUGGUGCCUUGGGAAACAAAAGGUGUGUUUGCCAGUAACAAAAAUGGCGGUUCUAGCGCUGUUGGAGUAGGUGGUGUGAGGCCCUGGCGGGGCGCCCUGAGGAACUGCUCAGCGCGCCCGAGGGGGGAUAAGGAAGAGUUCAGGGAAGGCUGGAAGCUGCUGAAGGCUCACUGCUACUGUUGAAGCUGAUGGGACAAGAGCGCUCUCAUCACUUUUCAGAACUGGGCCCUACAUUGCUAUGGUGUUACAAUAACAGUAACCAAGGUUUCAUACACACCUAGGAGAGGUUCUCCCCUGGAGGAGUAGUUACAUUGUGUUGGGUAUGCUUACAGAACCGUGCAGCCAUGGACCUGAAGGAGCAGUGUCAGGAUGAGAUGACCUCACAUUUGGGCCUGACCACAAAGAAGGCCCUCACUAUCCUGAGAGACCAGCUGUCAGCACUGCUGGAGGGACAUCAGAAGGAAAGGAAGAAGGUGAUUUCAUGGAAGGAGGUGUGGAGGAGCAGUUUCCUGUACCAUGGUAACCGUUGCUCCUGUUUCCAUUGGCCGGGUGCAUCUCUGAUGCUGCUGGCAGUGCUGCUGCUGUUGUGCUGCUAUGGGAGCCAGCCACACGGGAGCUCCUUCCCCCAGUCUCUGAUGAAGACUCGUUUUGGGAGCUCAUUGAUGCUGCUGCUCAACAAUCCCAUGAUGGAUCUGAUGGAGAGAAUGAGCCAAGGUGCUGAGAUUGUGAAUGCCCUGGCACUCCUCCUCCUCCUCCUCCUGAAUCUCUUCUUGAUUGGACGACAAGAGAGGCUGAAGCGCAGAGAGGUUGAAAGGAGGCUCCGGACCAUCAUCGACAAGAUAAACGAUACCCUGGAAGAUGGCAAAGAGCUGAAGUGGCCAGACUCCAUGUACCCUGACCUUCACAUGCCUUUUGCCCCAUCCUGGUCCCUCCACUGGGCCUACAGGGAUGGUCAUCUUGUAAACCUACCCGUCAGCCUGUUAGUAGAGGGAGACGUUAUCGCUCUGAGACCGGGGCAGGAGUCUUUUGCUUCUCUGAGAGGAAUUAAGGAUGAUGAACACAUUGUUCUGGAGCCAGGAGACUUGUUCCCCCCUUUCUCUCCUCCACCUUCCCCGAGGGGUGAAGUGAAGAAGGGACCUCAGAAUCCUCAGCUGUAUCGUCUCUUUCGUGUCCUAAAGACCCCAGUGAUUGACAAUGUCAGGUGGUGUCUGGAUAUGGCUUUGUCACGUCCCGUGACAGCUCUGGAUAACGAGAGGUUCACAGUGCAGUCAGUGAUGCUGAAGUAUGCCGUCCCUAUUGUAUUGGCUGGCUUCCUGAUCACCAAUGCUGUGCGCUUCAUUUUCUCGGCUCCUGGAAUUGCUUCCUGGCAGUACACUCUUCUUCAGCUGCAGGUGAAUGGCGUGCUGCCCAUCCUUCCACUGCUCUUUCCUGUCCUGUGGGUUCUAGCUACAGCCUGUGGAGAAGCCAGAGUCCUGGCCCAGAUGAGCAUGGCCUCGUCCACCUCGCUGCUGGCUAAGUUUUCAGAGGACACACUCAGCAGCUACACAGAGAUGGUAUCUUCUCAGGAAAUGAUACGUUGUAUCUGGAGCCACUUUCUGUGUGUUUUAAAAGGCAAGUCUCCAACACUCAGCUUCACCUCCAGCUUACUUCACAGCCUGGGAUCCGUCACUGUGCUUUGCUGUGUAGACAAGCAGGGGAUUCUAUCCUGGCCAAAUCCCAGUCCAGAGACUGUUCUGUUCUUCAGUGGGAAGGUGGAAGCCUCUCACGAUAGCCAUGAAGACCUGAUGGAUGAACUCUCCACGCGCUCCUUCUGCCACCCAGAGAUGGAUGAGGAGCCCCAUGAGAGGGAUGCUCUGCUUUCUGGUCCCAUGAUGGAUAUGGUCCACAUUGGCAAUGAACAGGAGAGGAAUGACUGGUCUAGUGACACUCCGAAAUCUUCUGACGUCCAUGUCCACAGAAAGCCAAACAGUAGAAGCAAGCAUCCAUCGGGGUCCAAUGUGAGCUUCAGCAAAGACACGGAGGGUGGUGAGGAGGAGGCAACCCAGGCUUGCGGUGACAGUGAGGGACUGGCCUGUGAGGCUGAAGACUUUGUGUGUGACUACCACCUCAAAAUGCUCAGCCUGUCCCAGGACCAGCAGAACCCCUCCUGUAUCCAGUUUGACGACUCCAACUGGCAGAUGCACCUAACCUCCCUGAAGCCUCUGGGCUUGAAUGUGCUGCUCAAUCUCUGCAAUGCCAGUGUGACAGAGCACCUAUGCCGUUUCUCUGACCACCUCUGCAACAUUGCCCUCCAGGAAACCCACAGUACCGUGCUGCCUGUCCAUGUGCCCUGGGGGCUCUGUGAGUUUGCCAGGCUAAUAGGUUUCACACCCGGAGCCAAAGAGCUUUUCAAGCAGGAGAAUCACUUGGCUCUGUACCGCCUUCCGACUGACGAGAUGGUGAAGGAGACAGUACUGGGAAAACUCUCUUCCAUCACCAAGCGGAGACCGCCUUUGAGUCACAUGAUCAGCCUUUUUGUUAAGGACACCACCACCAGCACUGAGCAGAUGCUUUCUCACGGGACAGCUGACAUCAUUCUUGAGGCCUGCACAGACUUUUGGGAUGGUGCUGAUAUCUACCCCCUCUCCGGCUCUGACAGGAAGAAAGUGUUGGAUUUCUACCAACGAGCAUGUCUCUCAGGCUAUUGCUCUGCUUUUGCCUACAAGCCAAUGCACUGUGUCUUGUCCUCCCAGCUCAAUGGCAAGUGCAUAGAACUGGUGCAGGUCCCUGGACAGAGUGCCAUCUUCACAUCCUGUGACCUUCCAGGGACUACACCCAUCAAACAGAGCAGCAGAAGGAACAGCUGGAGCUCUGAUGAAGGGAUCGGGGAAGUGAUGGAGAAGGAGGAUUGUAUCCAGGCUCUGAGUGGUCAGAUCUUCAUGGGAAUGGUCUCGUCCCAGUACCAGGCCCGACUUGACAUCGUCCGCCUCAUUGAUGGGCUGGUCAGUGCCUGCAUUCGUUUUGUCUACUUUUCCCUGGAAGAUGAGCUCAAGAGCAAGGUCUUUGCUGAGAAGAUGGGUCUUGAGACCGGCUGGAACUGCCACAUAUCCUUAACACCCAAUGGAGAUGUGCCCGGGUCAGAGAUUCCUCCCUCCAGUCCCAGCCAUGCAGGUUCUUUGCAUGAUGACCUGAAUCAGGUCUCUCGAGAUGAUGUGGAGGGCCUGCUGCUGAUGGAAGAGGAAGGGCACUUGGAUCUCAUCAGCUUUCAGCCAACAGACAGCGAUAUCCCCAGCUUCUUGGAGGACUGCAACAGGGCCAAACUUCCUCGAGGGAUCCACCAGGUCAGACCUCACCUGCAAAACAUUGACAAUGUGCCUUUGCUGGUGCCCCUCUUUACGGAUUGCACCUCAGAGACCAUGUGUGAGAUGAUCAAGAUCAUGCAGGAGUAUGGAGAGGUGACCUGCUGUCUGGGGAGCUCUGCCAACCUGCGGAACAGCUGCCUCUUCCUGCAGAGUGACAUCAGCAUAGCAUUGGAUCCACUCUAUCCAUCCCGCUGCUCCUGGGAGACUUUUGGCUAUGCCACAAGCACUAACAUGACACAAGUCUCAGAUGACCUUACGCCCCUGCAGCUCUCAGGCCAGCUCAACAGCUUGCCCUGCUCCUUAUCCUUCCACCAGGAAGAGAGCAUCAGUAUCAUCCGACUUAUAGAACAGGCGAGGCAUGCAACAUACGGGAUCCGCAAGUGUUUCCUCUUCUUGUUGCAGUGCCAGCUGACUCUGGUGGUCAUUCAGUUCCUGUCCUGCCUGGUGCAGCUGCCACCCAUUCUGAGCACCACGGACAUCUUAUGGCUCUCCUGUUUCUGUUACCCACUGCUAAGUGUCUCUCUUCUAGGCAAGCCCCCCCACAGCUCCGUCAUGUCCAUGGCAACUGGGAAAAAUUUAACCGCCAUUCCUAAAAAGACUCAGCAUUACUUCCUGCUCUGCUUCCUGCUGAAAUUCAGCCUGACCAUCUGCUCCUGCCUUGUCUGCUUUGGGUUCACGCUGCACGAGUCCUGCAAAGGGAUGAACACCACCAACCUCAACCUCAGCGCCUGCUUCUCCAUCAUGAUGUACAGCAAUGCUGAAGGUGCCCCUGACUGGUUUGGAAAGUUUUCCAAUGCUCUCCUCUUAGCGCAGAAGCUCACAGCUGGUCUGAUUGUUUUGCACACUGUGUUUAUAUCCAUCACCCACGUCCAUCGCACCAAACCGCUGUGGAAGAAAAGCCCCUUCACUAACACAUGGUGGACCCUAACUGUGGGUGUUGUGUUGCUGGGUCAGGUGAUGCAGACGGCUCUGGAUCUGAAGCUGUGGACAAACUUAGACUCUCCAUUAACCUUUAGCGAUGUUCACAUCUCCCUGGUCUCAUGGCUCUUGGGUUUCCACUCUCUCAUCCUCGUGGUAAUUGUUAACGAGAUCGUCAAACUCCACGAAAUCCGGGUGCGGGUCCGUUACCAAAAGAGACAGAAGCUGCAGUUUGAAACUAAACUGGGGAUGAAUUCUCCGUUUUGAACCCCGGCAGCAGGAGUCCUGUGGCAAUGGCACCUGGGGCGAGGGACGUAUGCCCCUGUCCCCGCACAGCCUUGACCUAUGCGGCAAGAAGGACAGUGCUGGAGGCUUCGCUUACACACGUGGACCUGCCAGGCUCCUAGCCGAGCAGCAAGAGAACCUUAGAGAGAGGCCACUGCUGUAGCUGUGUCCAGGAGCUGGUUUAAGGCCCCUUACCCCAUUGCAGUGCUCCAGGGGAAUGGGAGCUCUGGCUGCCCUGCAGGCUGCUGUUCCUGUUGUUUGUUUAUUUUUAGUACCUUGAUGACAUUGAAAUGAAGCAAUUUCCUCUUGCGGACUCUUCCUCCAGGAUCAGCUGUGUCUGUGCAGAUCAGGGCCCUGGCAUGGCUGCUGAGUCUGUUGGGAGAGGGAGGGGUUGAUGGGGGAAAUCCAGGGCUGCUGCCGUUUUGCCCUUUUUUGUUAAAGGAUUUUGUUGGGUAUAUGUGCCCUCCCCAAUCUUGGCGGCCCUUCCCGAUGCUCUCCUGGGUCAGAGCCUCGAGUCUCCUGCCCUUCUGUGAGCACUACUUGGCUCUGCUCAGGCUCCCACACUGCCUCAUGGAAGCCUUCUAGUUUCUCUGGCUGCAGUCAGGCCUGCCCUCUAGUGGACGGUGGGCGUACUUGCAGCAGGACUGGAGAGCAGAAUGGUUGAGAUGCGGGCUGCUGGGGUCCCAAACUCUGGAAGUGGGGAUGGAGGCAGGUCUUUAAGCAGAGUCUCUAUUUGAAUCUCAUGAUGGAGGCUCCCUUCCCCCCGGGGCAUUUCUAACAACUAUCUGUAUGAGAGCCCAAACCCUGCCUGCCUUCAGGAGGGCAGGGAGCACCCUUUGAGGACUGAGCCAAAGUGGUCCAGCUUUCAUAAUCUUCUUGGCCUGGCCAGCUCUCGUGCGUUGGGGAAGACUCACUUAAUGCCAGCCCCAAACAAGGCAGCUUUACAGUUGUCUCCCUCGUGUGAUGGUGGAUUUCUAGUCAUUCACUGAGACUUGUGCAGAUCACCCUCGCUGUGACCAUCCUGCUUUGGCAGCACUGUCUGAGACCAGGGGCUGGGGAAUGCAUCUGGCUAAGCUAAGCUGUCUGCCCCAGGCACAGUGUCUGCAGCUGGCUCUGAUUUCAGGGGCCCCCAGCUUUUCCUGGAAGCAGGUGUGUUUACAGGCAGGCCCAACGAGAGGAUCUCCCUGCUGCUUGGAAUUGUGAAUGACAAGCAGUGUGGGAAAUGGCUGCCUUCCCAGAAGUGUAAUUCCCUCUGAUCAUGUCCUUUUGUAUUAGUGUUUUGAAAUAUCUCUCUCCCCACAGCUAUGUUUUCAUUCCCCCCUUUGAGCACUACCCUAGCAGCUUUUCCUCAUGGCUUCUGGUUGUAGAAAAGUUGGCUCUUUAGGGGUUAGCUCUGCCAUUCUGUUUCCCCACCUCCUGAUCUAUUGCAAGGGAACUCCCAAGUGGACUGCAUCCCUCUGAACUGGGGGAGAGCUUCAUGUGAGGGCUUGUCUAUCCCACGCCACACUAGUGCAAGUCAUUAUGUGCACUAGCACAGCACAUUUGCACAGACGCAGGCUACAGCAGUGGUAAAAAGCCCCAAUGCAGAGAAGCCUGGGGUUGCAGGAGCCACCUUGCACCUUUGCACAGAGCUGGUGCUAGCUCUGGCUACAGUCUGGAAUGCGUGGGCCUGUUUAACAGACCACUCCCAGUGCUGAUACUGAGCCAGUGAUGGAAUUUAUUCCUUCCCAGGCUUGGAGACCAGACCAAGUCAGGCAAAUCCCGGCUCCAUCUGUGCUUCCAUAGUAACUUCACAAAACACAGAUGUCACCUUGGGCCUGGAGCAGAGUAGUAGCUGUUAAUCAUUUCCUGACAGACUGGGAGGGUGAAGAACCCUAAGCCAGUUCCCUGUUGCUCCCCCUUGUGUUUCAAUGAGAGCAGUAACAAAACCAAGGAUGAUCGAAUCUAAGCAACAUCCCCAAACCCCAAUAUCCCACAUUGAUCCUGCGGGGAGAAUGAGUGUGUGUGUGAGCACCAUUGUCAGGGUAAAUACACUGGAAUAGCUGGGGUAUGGGAGGGUGGGGUUGGGUGGCAUUCUGCUCUGGCCCUUAGCAGUUUGUCACUGCAAGCAUGAACUUGGUCUGUUUCAGUAAGUGAAGGAGGCUCUGCCUUUUCAGUACAGUCUAGCAGGCACCUUGGCUGUGUUGGGAAAUGUACCAUGUUAGCUACAUGAACUGAUAAGUGUGAUGCUAAACGUGACUUGGCACCUAGUGACAACAGGAACAAAGCAUGUUUUUAAAACGUAUUGGCCUGUUCUGGUGAAUCCUGGGGUUCAGACAUUUGAACACAACUGUACUUGUCCAGGUUGAAGGAAAAAUGUCUAACAUUGUGUUAGUUAAAACAUACUAGCGAACGCGAUUGCCCAGUGUAGACAAGGCCCAAAGGGGGCAGCUGGAGGGAGCUAAUUAGAGGACAUGGGGUGGGGGAGAGAUUAUAGUCUGCAGCUUCAAGCUCAGAGCUGCCCGGGGCGCAUGGGAUAACAACUCUAGAUGGCUGGGAACUCUGAGCAAUGGCCAUUAGGUAAAGCAGGGUUGUACUGUGUGGUUCCAGCCUGAAAUGUGACUGUAAAACCAGCCCCUUCAUACUCCAGUAGCUGGCUGGCUGCCUGUAGCCAGUCACAUAUGCUCAUUUUACAGACUAGACUAAGCCUUCUGUUAUUUUUACUCCUCUUAGGCCUGCAGUGCUGACAUAGCUCCAGGAGAGUGAGCUGGAUUCUGCCUUGGCCAGACACUUAUGUAAAUUCCAGUUACAAAAUUGGUGAUGCCUGAGACAGCAAGAACCAAGCAUGACUUUCAGAUCUCAGGGUGAAUUUGCAGGGUUAGCAGGUAGGAAAAACCUCUCUUUAUUUGCAAGCUGGGCUGAUUUGAACAGGAGUCAGACAUAAACAUGAAACCUCUCACUGCCAGAGUCACACUUAAAGCUGCACAGCGCUGUUCUCAAGGACCUGAGAUCUUAGCUUGUUUCUGUUUCCCCUGAAGUUUUAUAAUGUGAUUUUUAAAGGCAGCAGCUGCCAAAGCUCAGAGUUGGCCAGUCUCUCUUCUAGAGGGGGCAUGUCCUGUAGAUUUCCUUUUCUGGGGUGAUCACUCUGAAAAUACUUCCCUCUUGCCACUCCCUCCAUCCGCGGCUAGACUCAGACGGAGCCAAAAUGUUAGAAGAGUUGAGCCUUUUUGGUAGUCGCCUUUGCCUCUGUACAAGCCUUGUCGCCUCACACUCCUUAGCCAACCAGGAUUUCGGAAGGGCAUGAGUGCACAGCUUUGGAAAGGAAUUCCCUACAUCAAAAUAUUUUUAAAUGGUGUAUAUUUUAUAUUGAAAAUUAAAAUUUUUGGAUGUAUGUAAAAAUUUUUUUGAUUUGUAUUAAAACUUGUAAAUUGUAUAAAAAACCUCACAAGCACCCAAUGUAUGAAUGGCAAUAAAUGAUUGUCUGAUACUGUGCAGCA